GUGCGGCUGCUCCUGAUGGGCAGCUGCGUCCUGUUUCAGGCUCUCAGCGCCCACGCCAUUACCCGCCAUUACAAGUUCGAUGUGGUUAUGAGGAACGUGACAAGCCUUUGCUCGACCAAGCCCAUCCUCACUGUGAAUGGCAAGUUCCCAGGACCAACCCUCUAUGCAAGAGAGGGUGAUAAUGUUCUUGUCAAGGUCGUCAAUCAUGUAACUCGCAACGUCACCAUCCACUGGCAUGGAGUAAGGCAGAUCCGGACCGGGUGGUCUGAUGGUCCAGCAUACAUCACACAGUGUCCAAUCCAGCCGGACAGCAGUUUUCUGUAUAACUUCACCAUUAGUGGCCAACGAGGUACGCUCCUCUGGUAUGCCCACAUCAACUGGCUGAGGGCUACCGUCCAUGGUGCCAUUAUCAUCCUUCCCAAGCUUGGUGUGCCCUAUCCCUUCCCCACUCCUCACAAGGAGGUCAUUGUUGUGUUAGGAGAAUGGUGGAAAGCGGACACGGAAGUGGUAAUCAACCAGGCCAUGCAACAAGGAGUAGGACCUAAUGUUUCCAAUUCACACACCAUCAACGGCCACCCUGGUCCACUGUCUGAUUGUGCCUCCUCACAAGAUGGAUUCAAGCUAAAUGUUGAAAAUGGCAAGACGUACAUGCUCCGGAUCAUCAACGCUGCUCUGAAUGAUGACCUAUUCUUCAAGAUUGCCGGGCACAAAUUCACUGUGGUUGAGGUUGAUGCAAUCUAUUCCAAGCCAUUUAACACUGGCACCCUGCUCAUCACUCCAGGCCAGACCACCAACGUCCUCCUCACUGCUGAUCGAACUGCUGGCCGCUACCUUUUCUCAGUUUCUCCCUUCAUGGAUGCCCCCGUGCAAGUUGACAACAAAACAGGCACUGCUACCUUGCAUUAUGCUAACACUAUCUCUGCCACAUCACCGCUCACUCUCAUCAGGCCACCACUGUUCUCUCAAAAUUCGUCGAGCCGUAGCCUCAAUUCUGAAGAGUACCCAGCCAAUGUGCCACAGACAGUAGACCACUCCCUUCUCUUUACUAUUGGCGUGGGUGUCAAUCCAUGUGCAAAAUGCAUUAACGCGACAGUAAGGUUGGUUGGAACAAUCAACAAUGCGACGUUCAUUUUGCCAUCCACACCAAUUCUACAAGCCCAUUAUUAUAACAUCUCAGGGGUCUUCACCGAUGAUUUCCCAUCAACAGCUCCACACAAGUUCAACUAUACAGGAAGCAGCCCCAAAAACCUUCAAACGAUGAAUGGAACGAGGGUUUAUAGGCUGCCAUACAACGCUUCGGUGCAGGUUGUACUCCAGGACACAGGGAUCUAUAUAGCACCUGAAAGCCACCCGAUCCAUUUGCAUGGUUUCAAUUAUUUAGUGGUCGGGAGGGAGGAACUGACUGAUGAUGCCGCGCUCAUCCGGGUCAAGCGGGUGCUGCUGAUGUCAACACGGUGCCCUACGUCCCGGAGCUAUUCUCCGCACAAAAUCCUCCAGAACCGAAACUGCUGGGACGGACCCGUCGGCUACAUCUGCAGGAGUCGUGACUAUUGCCAUGGUGGGUACCUCGCCGGGGCAUCCCGCGCCCUCGGCUGGUGUGACCCCUCCACCGGCAAUGAGUACCGUGGUUUUAAAACCACGGGCACUGAGACUGAAGAAAUCCAGCAUAAGGAAAUCCUCUCUGUGCCCCGCAGCCAUCAACUGAAGAGGCUACGGGUACUUCUGGCGGCCCUGGAGCUCUGCUGA